ACAGAGCUUCCAUGAGGCCCUGUCCAUCUACCCGCCCUGCGGACGCAGGAAGAUUAUCCUCUCCGACGAGGGAAAGAUGUAUGGACGAAACGAGCUGAUAGCACGGUACAUCAAGCUACGCACAGGGAAGACGCGGACAAGAAAGCAGGUGUCCAGUCACAUCCAGGUGCUAGCGCGACGGAAGGCCCGGGAGAUCCAGGUGAAGCUGAAGGUACGCUACGGUGCUGACUAUAAUGGAGAGCGUGACCUGACCCCUGGGCCUUGCUGUGUGUGUCUGCAGGACCAGGCUGCCAAAGACAAGGCCCUCCAGAGUAUGGCCACCAUCUCCGCCACCGCCUUCCAGAACAAGAUGGCUCUGCAGGGGCUGUCCAGGCCGCCGUACCCCACUGCUGGUGGCUUUUGGCAUGGCGGUCCUGAAGACAUUAAGCCCUUUUCCCAGCAGAGUUACGCCAUGCAGACGUCCGGCCCACCCCCCAUAACAGGCUAUGAGAGCAUGGCAGGCCUGUCCAUGUCACCGGGCGCCCCCCCGUGGCAGGGGCGGAGUAUCGCCAGCUCCAAACUCCGCAUGCUGGAGUUCUCUGCCUUCCUGGAGCAGCCUCAGGACCCAGAGACCUUUAACAAGCACCUGUUUGUGCACAUCGGUCAGUCCAACCCCACCUUCAGUGACCCGUACCUGGAGGCAGUGGACAUCCGUCAAAUCUACGAUAAGUUCCCUGAGAAGAAGGGAGGGCUGAAGGAGCUGUUUGAGAAGGGGCAGCCAGACACUUUCUUUCUUGUCAAGUUCUGGGCCGAUCUGAGUGCCAACCUGCAGGAAGACAGAGGUUUCUUCUACGGCGUGUCCAGUCAGUACGAGAGCUCUGAGAACAUGAUAAUCACCUCCUCCACCAAGGUCUGCUCCUUUGGAAAGCAAGUGGUGGAGAAAGUAGAGACGGAGUAUGCACGGUUUGAGAAUGGGCGGUAUGUGUUCAGGAUCCACCGGUCCCCACUGUGUGAAUACAUGAUCAACUUCAUCCACAAGCUCAAACACCUGCCAGAGAAGUACAUGAUGAACAGUGUACUGGAGAACUUCACCAUCCUACAGGUUGUGAUCAACAGGGACACACUGGAGACCCUGCUGUGUAUAGCCUAUGUCUUUGAGGUGUCUACUAGUGAGCAUGGAGCCCAGCACCAUAUUUACCGGCUGGUCAAAGACUGAGACAGAGAACCACUAUAGACCAACAACACCCCAACCAUGGAUAAUCUCCACUGUAAGCUGCAAGCACAAUACGAUUGUCUGUCAGGACCCAAAGAAGCACUGGGCGGGUUGCUUGCCCACUGAAACUAAUGUGGAAGAGUUGGCUUGGGAGCUGGAGUGAACUAUACCACUGUGUUAUGUGAAAGAGAGGAGCAGAGGGUGGGAACCUUCAUUGUGGUAUAUCUGUAUGUACAAGGGGAGCCAAAUGUCAAGACAAUGCAUGAGAAAUUGUUGUUUUUCAUCUCAUAUUACUAGUGCUUGCUUGUUUUGAUUUAGUUUCAUUUUAGACAGCUGCAUGAGCGGUAUUUGUUUUGUCUAUGGCCGCCACCUAGUGACUUCUAAUGUAUAUUACACACAGGGCAAGAGGACGAAAGGAGAACUGGAAAGCAAGACUGCACAUUUAUAGUAUUGUUUUGGUGCCAAUGUUUGUAUUAUUUGAGUAAAAAUAUGUACAGUACCACAACUAUCUCCCCUGAAGAAUAAUCUCUAUUGAUGAAAAUCAGUGAAGAUUAUGAUAUAAAUAAAUAUUGUAUCUGCCUGGUUUGAUGAUCAAAUUAAAUGUUGGACUAUUGUUGAAUGAAAUUGAGCACAACUCACAUACAGUAGAUAACUCUGCUUGAAUCUGUAAUUGAAGUUGACUAGCUACAGUAUGAAGAAACUGUAAUCAAUUUUUGGCACUGAACUGAAGUUUAAGAUGGAAAUACCCUUCACAUAUCAUACUUAACUGAUCAGGUUGCUUGAUUUUUGUUCUUAAUGUGAUCUAUUGAGACUAAUAUAUGAACAUGUCAUACUAUUGUUAUACCUGUAAUAAAACGAUGAUACAAAUGA